CCACUUAUGAUUCGACUUGUCAAAUCGCCCAAGAGAUCGCCGAGAAGAUAUCAGCAGCGGAAUCAGUAUGAAAGGAGGGGGUGAAAAGACAACCAAGCUGACGGUGACCAUCAGAGCUUUGCUGCAGAACCUGAAGGAAAAGAUCGCCCUGUUGAAAGACUUACUGCUAAGAGCGGUGUCAACACACCAGAUAACUCAGCUGGAAGGCGAUCGAAGACAGAACCUGCUGGACGACCUCGUAACUCGGGAGAGACUGCUCCUGGCAUCCUUUAAGAAUGAGGGCGCAGAGCCAGAUCUGAUCAGGUAUGGUGUUUUCCUUUACAGGGGCCGCUUGGCGGGUACUACAGCUGUUUCCUGAAGGCCUUAAGUUCCU